AUGAAUUUCGACAAUGAUAUGACGACGGCUGGAGGAGGUGAAGUCGAAGCUGAACCGAUGGAGAGGACUGAAAAAGGGUCUGCUUCCGGCCGUCCGCAAACACGCAAAGGCCCCGGUCGCUUUUCAUCCAGCCGCAUAUCCAGCUAUGCGCACCCCGACGAGCUCCGAGCAACCUCAGAGAUGCGCGAGCGCAGACACGCAGCGAUGAGUAUCCUAAAUGACCCGGAGCUCCUAAUGUUCCACGCCCUCUCCAGCAACGAGUCCAUUCCCCAAACCCGCAAACGCUUUCUCCACCACCUAAUCGGCAUCCCCCCGCCCACAACCCGCCCAUUCGCCAUCCGCGACAUCUCCGAGCACCACCCCGAAGACACGCAGCACGUCUACCUCCGCCGCCAAACCCAAUCCAAACGCGACGGUGCCGCGUCCGGAAGCACCAAGACGAGCUACACGGCUUACGAGCAUGCGCCCACGAUGAUUGAUAUCAUCGAAAUCAAUGGCGGGUGGGAAGAUGACCCCGAGGAUGAGGCUGGGCCUGGUAGGGCAAAGGGUGUUCAGGCAAGUGGAAGCAGUGGAGCUAGUCCGGGACCUUCUGGGAGGAUGAAAGGGAAAGGGAGGGUUUGA